AUAAUACCUGAACGUCGGCGGCGUGAUGAAGCUGCUCGCUCACACCAACUCCCGGGAUUUAUUAUCGCACCGACAAAACCAACGAUAGCACAAACUCACCUCACGUACCAUGGAUAACUCGGACGGCGAGAAGAAAGCAGCUUCCGCCACAGUCCUUGGCGCAUUGGAGGGUUCGAUUUCGGUCCUACUGACUCUUCUGGCGGGGUAUAUUGCUACGCGAGCUGGUAUGCUCAACAAGCAAUCCGCGAAGCAGAUAAUGAAGCUGUCGACAUCAGUAUUCCUGCCCUGUCUGCUCAUCCAACAAAUGGGACCAGAGCUGUCUCCGAGUAACUUGGGACGGCUUUGGAUCAUGCCUGCUUGGGGGCUCGUAAGCACGGUCAUCGCUCAUGGGCUGGGUUGGGUUGGCGUCAAACUGUUCAAGCUUCCUAAAUGGACCAUUAUUGCCUCUGGACGCCCAAACUCCAAUGCGCUGCCCCUGCUUCUUCUCGACGCACUCGACAGUACUGGUGUCCUUGACGCGUUAAAGAAGAACGACAGCGACAGUUCCUCAAGCACUAUGAACCGCGCAAAAACCAUCGUGCUUUUGAAUGCCAUCGUUCAACAGUGCUUCUCCUUUGCGAUCGGGCCUGAAAUUCUGGAGGACGCGGAUCAAGAGGACCAUGAUCGUCUGCUGCCUGGUCCAAGUGGGAUCGGAGCGACGAUACAGGAUUCGGAGCAUGUUGGACUACUAGCGGACCAUGACGGGAUGGACAAUACAGAGUACCCGAGCGCACCUAUCAAACAGCUCGAGAAUAUACCCGACAUUCACUGGCCCAAUCGUAUCCUGUUCUUGGAGAAACCGGUCAAGAAGAUCGCAUCAUACCUCAACCCACCACUGAUCGGCGCCAUCAUUGCUCUGAUAUUGGGGUGUAUAUCGCCUGUGCGCAAGACGGUUUUCGACGAGGAAGGGGCUUUCUACAAUUCAAUCACUCGAGCUGUGAAGAAUCUCGGCGAUCUUUUUGUCUCCUUGCAAAUGUUUGCUGUCGGCGGUCAGCUAGCCACCGUCCCAACUGCUUACCCAGGUAUCAAACCAACGUCAUUCGCCAUUAUGGUUCGAUAUUUGGCGAUGCCGGCACUCAGCAUCGGUUUCGUGUUCUUGACGGCCAAGAAGGGCAUUUACGUGGAUGAUCCACUGACAUGGUUUUUGCUCAUUCUGCUUCCGUCGGGUCCGUCGGCUAUGGUUCUGGCGAGCAUCUCGGAAAUGGUCAACAAGGAUCAAGGACCGAUCGCCGGAUACUUGACCAUUGCGUACAUCCUCUCGCCAUUGAUUUCGCUUACCGCGACGGCGGCUCUUCAGGUAGUCACCAAGUUGGAAAGCUAAUGUUCGGAUCGGAGUAUUACUUGGUUUAUACGCUAUCCGGCUUACCUACCGGUUCUCCCAAGCCAUGUUUGAUUGCAUAGAUACGUUUUUACUAGUGAUAAUUGUUUAUAGUAUACGGUAGCUUCG